CGCAUAGACUCCGCCUCCAACACCUACUAGUUCUCCUCCUGUUUGGCAUCCCAGAGAUGGUCUAAAGUGAUUCCUCAGGGAAGAGAAGGAGCGCAAAUCACCGGAGCAGGGAGCUGACGAGGAGCGCAGCGCAUGAGCCGCCGCUGGUGCCCGGGACUGCCUUUUUUUAAUUGCGCGUAAUCUUCCGUCUCAUCCAUCUGAGCAGAGGAGAGGACUUUGUAAAUAAAAAGAACCGGAGGGGAAGCGUUGACUGUUAGUUUUAAAAACCUGACAUUUUGCUUGUGUUCCUGUCAGCGGCAGCACCUUGAUCCGGGGGACCGUCGCCAACUCGGUGCAGCCUCACAUCCUGAGCUCCCCCUUUCAUCGCUCCUCAUCUUCAUAGCUGCUGCUGCUUCCCUCCUCCUCUUCUUCUUUUUCCUCCUGGAGUCGCAUGAGGUGCAGCUAACCCUGGAUGCUGACAGACAGCUCCCCUCUUCCCUCCGCAUGUCGCAUCUUUUGUUUACUUUCAGAAACACACGCGCAACUAGACGCCAAGUGUAACAGACCACGCCACUUUGCUCCUGUGACAGCGCGAUCAAACAGACGCGAGCAGGAGGGGAGGCAGCGGAGAAAGAAGAAGGAGGGAGCCAAGGAGAGGAGGAUAGAGAGAGUGAGGGAGAGAGAGAGAGUGAGUGAGAGAGGGACAGCGACAGUGUUGAAGGUGCGUUUUGAUGUUUGGCAUCCACGAGAGCAUCCAGAGGAGUGGGAGUAGUAUGAAAGAGGAGCCCAUGGUGGCCGGGAUGAACGCGGUUCGGACAUGGAUGCAGGGCGCCGGGGUGCUGGACGCCAACACAGCCGCGCAGAGCGGAGUGGGUCUCGCUCGGGCACACUUCGAGAAGCAGCCGCCCUCCAACCUGCGCAAGUCCAACUUCUUCCACUUCGUCCUGGCUCUGUACGACAGACAGGGUCAGCCGGUGGAGAUAGAGAGGACCACCUUCAUCGACUUCGUGGAGAAGGAGAAGGAAACGACGGGGGAAAAGACCAACAAUGGGAUCCAUUAUAGACUCCAGCUCCUCUACAGUAACGGGAUCAGGACAGAGCAGGACUUGUAUGUUCGUCUCAUUGACUCCAUGACUAAACAGGCGAUUAUCUAUGAGGGCCAGGAUAAAAAUCCCGAGAUGUGUCGGGUUCUGUUGACCCACGAGAUCAUGUGCAGCCGAUGCUGCGAUAAGAAGAGUUGUGGCAACAGGAACGAGACCCCGUCAGACCCCGUCAUCAUCGACAGGUAA